AUGAUGAUGAUGUCCCUGAACAGCAAGCAGGCGUUCAGCAUGCCGCACGGCGGCAGCCUGCACGUGGAGCCCAAGUACUCGGCAUUGCACAGCGCCUCGCCCGGGUCCUCUGCACCCGCGGCGCCCUCCGCCAGCUCUCCUAGCAGCUCGAGCAAUGCUGGCGGCGGUGGCGGCAGUGGCGGGGGCGGUGGAGGCCGGAGCAGCAGCUCCAGUAGCAGUGGCAGCAGCGGCGGCAGCGGCGGGGGCUCCGAGGCGAUGCGCAGAGCGUGUCUUCCAACCCCACCGAGCAAUAUAUUCGGCGGGCUGGAUGAGAGUCUGCUGGCCCGCGCCGAGGCUCUGGCGGCGGUGGACAUCGUCUCCCAGAGCAAGAGCCACCACCAUCACCCGCCCCACCACAGCCCCUUCAAGCCGGACGCCACCUACCACACCAUGAAUACCAUCCCGUGCACGUCGGCUGCCUCCUCUUCGUCGGUGCCCAUCUCGCACCCGUCCGCGCUGGCGGGCACGCACCACCACCACCACCACCACCACCAUCACCACCAUCAGCCGCAUCAGGCGCUUGAGGGCGAGUUGCUGGAGCACCUGAGUCCCGGGCUAGCGCUGGGUGCCAUGGCGGGCCCCGACGGCGCCGUGGUGUCCACUCCAGCUCACGCGCCGCCCAUGGCUACCAUGAACCCCAUGCACCAAGCCGCUCUCAGCAUGGCCCACGCGCACGGGCUGCCCUCACACAUGGGCUGCAUGAGCGACGUGGACGCCGACCCCCGGGACCUGGAGGCGUUCGCCGAGCGCUUCAAGCAGCGGCGCAUCAAGCUGGGGGUGACCCAGGCCGAUGUGGGCUCCGCGCUGGCCAACCUCAAGAUCCCCGGCGUGGGCUCGCUCAGCCAGAGCACCAUCUGCAGGUUCGAGUCUCUCACGUUGUCUCACAACAAUAUGAUCGCGCUCAAACCCAUCCUGCAAGCGUGGCUAGAGGAGGCGGAGAAGUCUCACCGCGAGAAGCUCACCAAGCCGGAGCUCUUCAACGGCGCAGAGAAGAAGCGCAAGCGCACGUCCAUCGCGGCGCCGGAGAAGCGCUCGCUCGAAGCCUACUUCGCCAUCCAGCCGCGGCCCUCUUCCGAGAAGAUCGCCGCCAUCGCUGAGAAGCUGGACCUUAAGAAGAACGUGGUGCGCGUCUGGUUCUGCAACCAGAGGCAGAAACAGAAAAGAAUGAAAUAUUCCGCGGGCAUUUAG